GAAGCAGACUUUUGGCCGCCGUUAGAAGAGGUUGAUGCAGAGGAGGAAUCUUUUUAAACAUUGGGAUAUUGAAGUUUUACUCACGUAUUGAUUGUGAUAUCUGCAUGUUGCAAAGCUGAAGCAAAUCAUCUUCCUGACACUUUCAUGCCAAAGGACGGCCACACUAGACUCCUUGACGAUUCCGUGACAAUUCAAUUCCAGUUCUAUUCCGAGAUAUGGCGAAGGAAGUUACUCCGACCUUCUGAAUCGGCCGAACCUAAUGAAUACUUUAUCUUCCUUCGGAGAACGUUGUUACUCACAUCCUUAUUCAUGUCUUCGCACAUCAUUGCCCUGCUGGGCCCCGGGGCGAUGGGAUCCGCAAUGGCGCUUCGGCUUUUUAGCUCUGGAGCCGGGCCUAUCAUGACGAACCUCGAUGGCAGAUCGGAGGCAGCAGUUAAACGUGCAAAGGCGUCUGGGAUGAUUCAUGCCUCGUAUUCUGAAAUCAUCGCCAAGUGCACGAUCAUAUACAGCGUCGUUCCACCAAAAGAAGCAGGACACGUCGCGGAGCAGAUACUCAACGCGUAUAAAGAGUUGGCGGAGGUGGAUCGCCAGGAUAUCAUUUUUGCCGACUGUAAUGCGGUCAAUCCGGACACGAUCAAGCAAAUGGCACAACUCUUCACUGGGACGAAGAUUAGAUUCCUUGAUGGCGUCAUUAUUGGAUUCCCUCCUUCCGACACCAAUAAUCCGGGAAUAUAUGUUUCUGCACAUUCAGAUGAUUUGUCUGCGUUGGAUGUGUUCACAGGGAUUUCGACGAAGUUUGGAUUGUAUGUUAUCCCUCUCAAGGGUGAGGGCGCGGGUAUUGGUGAUGCCAGCGCUUUGAAAAUGUCACAUGCAGCUAUCGUCAAAGGAACGAUUGGAAUAUGUGCGAUGUCUAUUCUCGCCGCACAAGCAAGCUCGCCGGCUACCGCACGAGGCCUUCUGCAUGCCAUGAGCAUAUCUCAACCCGCCUUUCUUGACAUCAUCGUCCGUCUAAUUCCACAGAUGAUACCCAAGGCCUAUCGUAUGGCGUUUGAGAUGGAGGAGGUCUCGGGUUUCGUGGGCGGUGAAGCGAGCAAAACAUUCGAGGGAAUCGCAAAACUUUUCGAAAGAGUAGCAGAAGCACAUACCACGGAAAAGAGAGGAGAUGACGGCGAUGUGGAUGCCCUUCUCCGGUUUGUAGACCAGUCCAAGAAGACUCUGGGUAGCUUAUAAUACGGCACUGGGUAAAGAGAAGCGGCGAUCCGGUCCGAACUGUGUACAUUUGUUUGACUCGCAAGGCCUCAAGAGAAAAAUCAAAGCAAUUCAUUUCGAUCCUCGGCCACGCCAUGCUCGCCUUGCAAUGGGCAGCCGUCACUCGCGUUUUACCUCUAGCUAGAUCCCGACUCGCUCGCCCUGCGUCUACCUCUGCAUUUGAUACCGCCAUUCACAAUUUUGGCGCCGAUCUCAGACAGAGACAACCGACUUUCUCUAUCCCUACCAAUGGAAUACAAAUACUCUCGCAACCGAGCGAGUUUUACGCGUUGAUUCUGGAUAUGAUUCAACGCGCUCAAAAUCGAAUAUUUCUAUCCUCACUCUAUAUAGGCUCUGGUCAAACA